AUGGGAACAAGUAGGUCCAACAGGUACAGCAUUGUGUCAGACAUUUUACCAGAGGAGGAACGCCAGAAGAUCUCUAGCUUAAGACUCCAUAACGGCCACAGCUCCCCCAACUUCCAACUACACUCGGACGCAGAGACAGAAGACAGGAGGAGGUCGGGAGCUUCUCCUGCUGUGCCCAGCACAGGGGAACAAGGAGGGAUGAGCAACUACAACGGGAAGAUUCUGACAAGGGGCUCCAGCCAAGUAAGGAGCCGGUUUGUAAAGAAAAAUGGACAAUGUAAUGUAUUAUUCACCAACAUGGAGGAGAAGCAUCAGCGCUACCUAGCUGACAUCUUCACCACCUGCGUGGACAUCCGCUGGAGAUACCUGCUGCUCAUAUUCUGCACCAGCUUCAUGGUCUCGUGGCUUUUCUUUGGCAUUAUCUUUUACACCGUCUCCCUGGCACAUGGGGACUUUGCGGAGCACCCUACAACACAAAAGAUGCCAUGCAUACUUCAUGUCCAGGGCUUUGUUGGGGCGCUUCUGUUCUCCAUGGAGACCCAGACCACUAUUGGUUACGGCUGGCGUUGCGUUACCGAGGAGUGCCCUGUUGCUGUGUUAACAGUGGUCGUCCAGUCCAUUGUGGGCUGCAUCAUUGACUCCUUUAUGAUUGGCACCAUCAUGGCCAAGAUGGCGCGGCCAAAGAAGAGGAACCAGACCCUUGUUUUCUCCAAAAAUGCUGUCAUCUCCCUGCGCGAUGGCAAGCUGUGCCUCAUGUGGAGGGUGGGCAACCUGCGGAAGAGCCACAUUGUGGAGGCUCACGUCCGUGCCCAGCUCAUACGUUCAUAUGUCACAGCUGAGGGCGAGUUUAUCCCCUUGGAGCAGAUGGACCUCAAUGUGGGCUAUGAUGAGGGCACAGACAGGCUGUUUCUAGUAUCCCCACUGGUCAUAGUUCAUGAGAUAGAUAAAGAUAGCCCUUUGUAUACUUUAAACAGAGCUGAUUUGGAGAAGGAUGACUUUGAGAUUGUUGUGAUCUUGGAGGGGAUGGUGGAGGCCACGGCCAUGACCACGCAGUUCCGUAGCUCCUACCUUGCCAGAGAGGUCCUUUGGGGUCACAGGUUUGAGCCUGUAAUCUAUGAGGACCAGGACCGCUACAAGGUAGACUACGCUCGUUUCCACAAGACCUACGAGGUGCCGUCAACGCCCCACCUCAGCGCCAAAGAGCUUGAUGAGGCCGCAAGUCGGGCCUCUUCCACCGCUUCUCCCAUCUCUGCAUGUAGAACCACACAAGACUUGAUUCCCAGGUCGCUGAGUGCAUUUUGUUAUGAGAACGAGGUAGCGUUGAGCGGUGGGGAGGAGGAGGACGACAUCUUCGACUCCGCUCAGAUCGCAGGGAAGGAGAGGGCAGAGGACAGGAGGACUUCAGUUUCUGUAGAAUUUCCAAAUAUGUUCCAGGACACUGCGACCAUGACAUCAGGCAGUCACAAUGUCAUGUGUGUUCUGGACAUGGACAAUAACCAGAUGGAGUUUGACAUCCUACAGACUGCCAUCCCUCUUGAUCCAGUGACCUAUAAGAGUGAGCAAGAGAUCUGA